AUGGGCGUCGACGCUCCUCUCCAUACACCUGACCAUUUUGAUCUGGCCUCCUCUGUCAAAGGGUUGUACAGGAUCCUUGAUCUGAUUGCUGAACAAGGCAGCGGUGGGCUAGUCGACAAGAUCAUCAUCUCUCAAAACUCGUUGGAAACUUUCAUCAAUCUCGUUUCUCCCGGCGCAUAUGCGUCUAUGACAAAGGUUAAUUUCAAAGCGUUGGAUCAUUAUAUCGUAAAACCCGUCGGCGUGUAUGGAAGCAAAGAAGAGAUCGUGCGAUUUUUUUCGGAGCUUCGGGUGGUUGAUGACGCUUUGGCUGCACAGCUACUCGCGGACCCAAACAUUUCUGGACCUACGAAGCCCACACUUCGAUCAGGUCUGUACGUUCUUCGACCAACAGAACCAUAUGGUCAAACGGAACAAAUCUUUGUCGUAUACUGGCCUCAGGAAAACACGUGGAAUAACUCUGCACCCUCCCAAGUCCGCCGAAACCGUGUGACUUUCAUGAGAUACCUCACAAAGAUGUGUGACCAGGUGGUUGCGUUAAUUUCUUCCGUGCACGCACAGACUAUUGUCUGGAAUGACGGAGAUAAGGAUGACAACGAUGCCAGGGACGAAGAUUGCGAAGGGCAUAGGAUCAUUAAAUGUGUCGUGGACAGAACGACAGAACAGGAAGAAUCUGUGCAAGUACGAGAAGGCUUUAAGGUAAUUUUUGUUGCAUCCGGGCUCAUCACCUAUGCUAGCUCGGUAUCAGAGGCAUCCGCAGAGCAAGGACUGAAGCCGUUUUUGCUCUUUGGAGAGACUGCUCAAGGUCUCAUGACCGCACAGCACCAGGCAGCUAGGCGUGUAGCCGAGCCUUUCAAGGCGCGGUCCCUCACGCCUCUACAAUUAGGAAGUCGAUCGUCCUUCAGCACGUCCGAUUCUCUUUGCCUCAGUGAAUCCCUGGAUGAUCAAGCAUUGGGUAUCCUUGUCCGCGGCGGCCUGAAGAAACGUUUUCCUGACGAGUGUACCAAAUGGACACAAGAGUUGGACACCGUUGGAGCCCAUUGCAAGAGAAUGAGAACGGACGAAUUUGGAAAAAUGAGGGCUACUUUCGACAAAGAAGAAGAAAACUUAACCUUGGCAAUCUACGACGCCGUCAUGGAUAUAGUCUUGAACUUUAUUAUCUUACCAUAUCUUUCAGUGUCCUUCCAGGAAAUUGCUACGCUUUAUCCCAAAGUGGAUGAAGUUUUUCAGCUAAACAUCAAACCGGUGGAAACAAUCUCAAGCUCCAAGUUCGGAGAAAUCAAGGAUCGAUUGUGCCUAUUAGUUGAAUUUAUUUCUCGUGUGGGUGAAAUCAGUAAAACUCAUCGUCAUGCGAUCGCGAAAGCGGCUACGAAAGAGGGAUAUAAAGCAGCCCAAUAUGCUAUGAGGGACGCCUUUAAAAACUCAAGUACCGCCUAUACCACGCAGCUCUCCGAUAACCACUCUGCACUGCUCAUCUAUAAUCCAACAGAAGACGUGUUUCCUCUCAUGGGACGUGCGGUUAGCUACGUUACCUCAGUCUUCUCUAACCCAAGGGAAGACAAAACUGCCAUCGCAGACCGUGUUCUUCGGGAAGCUCUUGGAAAAGCAAACAAUAUCUCGGACAGCCAGUUCUUAAAGGAGAUUGUCAACGCAGAAGUGAUCCAGGAGGAACCGGAGUUGAAACGUUUGGUCGAAGAAGCAACCCUGCAGGUGCAGUCAUCCUUGGCAACCACGAUACCCCAUGUUGUGAAGAAACUUGUCGGGUUAGUCAGACAGGUCCAGGAGGAGACGAUGAAGGAAAGCAUCAAAGUCCAUACUGAGAGCCGAGAGGAACAAGCGAAGCGCGAGCUUAGAUUGCAGUUAAUCCGUCAUGUCAAUGAUGUGACGCGCCAAACCCAGCAGCGACACACCCUCUCCAUUGAAUCGGUUGAGAGUAAAUCGUAUUACUCGUCACAAUGCAAAGUCUCGGGUGUUCGAGAGACCCGAGAGGAACCCAUGACAUGUUUUACAGUUCAUACCAUGAGCCUCACGGAGCAAGACAAACAUAAUUUGCAACUGGACGUAUCCAUCAUUCCUUCUCCCCGCUUUCACUCCGAGUAUAAAUUUAGGUUAGCCCAGGACUAUACCGUCUUGCGUGCGCAGUUACUUGAAGGGGAGAAGUUACUGCUUAUUGUCUUGGAUCGUGUUGGCAAUUUGAUGGUUUAUCUUGAUCGCCUAACGGCCAUCGAUGCAGCCAUCGGGCGAAGGCACGGAAAAAGUUUGAACCGCGAGAAGAUUGGACAAGAUUUUGUGCUGGCGUUCGACGAGUCCAAGCGGAUGUUGAGCAUCGUCUCUUCCGACAAGCUAUUGCUGCACAUCUUCGUGUACGACGACACCCGAGGUUUCCAGGCGGUAGGAAGUUCUAUCGACUUGAACUCAUGGUACAACAAAGGGACAUCCAUCCGUCACUCAUGCUUUGUCAGUGGCAGUGAAGAGCUCCUGCUAGUAGACUCUCUAGCCCAGGCUAGGAUAUACUCUCUAGUUACGAUGCAGUUUCGACCCGCUACUCUUAACCUCCACCACGUCCCUUCGAAUGUAUAUUCUGCACCAGAUGGAUCGUGUCUGCUGGUUUCCCAUGAGCACGGAGGAGGUCAUGCACUGACUGCGUAUCACUGGGAUUCUUUUGGAUCGACGGAGGGCAUCGAGCUCAACAUGCCUGGCCUCCCAGUUGGCGAACCGUUUGUGGUCACAUCACUGAUCACCAGGACUGCCGCUCAGCUUUUGUGGCUCGACUUUUCCACUCGUCGAUGCCAAUCCUAUGCUCUGGACAUUACUCGUCGGGUUACCGAGUUCAUGUUCCGAGAGAAGGUUGGUCGCAGCGAGUCCAAACGAGCAGAAAAUACAACAGCACACAAUUGCCUGUUAGAUUGUCACUCGGAAGUCUGGACUCGUUUCCCAGUCCUCGCUGCGGUACAGCGGGAGACUGUAUCCUCUGCCAGUCUUAGGAGCCAGAGAAGUCUGGUCUUCAUUACUGACCGUGACUUCCAAAUGUUUGCACAACAUUUCUCUGACAUGAUCCACACUUUUGAGCGCACGAGUAAGAAACCUACUGGCGAUGUCCUCAAAUCUAUUAAGGUGUCGGCUGCCGCCUUUUCUGUCUUUGUGCAAGAGUUAUGCAGCACCGUUCCGUGGAACGUCUCGCAAUAUAGGGCAGGCGAAUGGAUUGUCGAUUUCCUGUGUUUGAUUCCAAUUCACAUUGCGUUGACAAAAGAAAAUCGCUUUGUCCCACUCCAAGAUGGUGCAUAUUCCACGGAGUUGGAAAGAUCGCUCUUGGGUGCCGAGGUGAAUCGCAUCGUAGACAGUAUCUCCUUUGGGUGGUACGAGUCGCUCUUUCAGUCUUACAUGGCAACCAAGCCCGUUCGAGUGGUGUCUUCCAUGGGAGAGCAAUCCGUUGGAAAGAGUUAUGCUCUCAAUCAUUUCGUGGACACCUCUUUUGCGGGAUCGGCAAUGCGUACGACUGAGGGUGUCUGGAUGUCUGUCACGCCAACCGAGAAGGAGCUUAUCGUAGCCCUAGAUUUCGAGGGCGUUCACAGUAUCGAACGGUCGGCUCAGGAAGACACGCUACUCGUCCUUUUUAACACUGCAAUCUCGAAUCUUGUCCUUUUCCGCAACAACUUUGCACUCAGUCGUGAUAUUGCAGGGUUGUUCCAAUCCUUCCAGUCUAGUGCUACUGUUCUGGACCCUGCAGCCAACCCCUCGCUAUUCCAAUCGACUUUAGUCAUCAUUAUUAAGGACGUCGUUGAGGCGGAUAGGUCGGAAAUAGCUAGAGAAUUCACUCUGAAGUUCCAACGAAUCGUGCAAGACGAACAAGAAGCAAACUUCAUCACUCGACUUCAUGCAGGAAAACUGACGAUCAUUCCCUGGCCUGUCAUCGAAUCGAAGGAAUUCUACAAACUAUUUCCAACGCUAAAGCGGAGUUUGGACGAGCAAGUCGUAACGCAUCAUGCCGCAGGCGAAUUCCUUCACAAGAUGAAAGUGUUGAUGGCGAAGCUCAAGGCCAAUGAUUGGGGGGCAAUGUCGCAGACUAUGGCAUCUCAUCGAGCGCAACUCUUGACAUCGUUGCUUCCGAACGCAUUGGCUUUUGGCUUCCAGGAAGUCCAUCCUGAGCCAGAGCCGCUGAAGAACCUUGACACUGAUAUGCCUGUGGAGCUACCUGACACUGAAUCACAUUUAUUCCUCACAGUUGGAAUGGCCCCGCAGUCAGAGACUCGUGAGCAAGCAUUAGCGAACCUUCAGGGUUCCUGGGAACGUUAUGGCGAUCGUCAACGCAUUUCUGAUUCAGAGUGGGUGGAGGCCCUGUCCCAAUACCUCGAGGGUAUCGUCAAUCUACGAACCAAUCAUGUGCAAGGAUGGCUUUCGCAGAAUUUCAGACGUUUCCAGACAGGCCACGCAAGCAUGGAGGAUCUUCGGCGCAAUUUUGAAGGCGCCGCUGUCGAUCUGAAAAGCAAUGUACAGCUUUGCAAGUUGCAAUGCGUACAAUGUCAACUGUUGUGCAUCCAGAGCCGCUUCCACGAUGGCCCCCAUACUUGUCAAACCGAUCACCUGUGCAUUCACGAAUGCGAUUUUUGUCGAGAGACUGGUGGUAAGCUCCGAGAGUGUGGCAUGGCUGCUGGACACGCAGGGAACCAUAUAUGUGUUGUCAAUGCUCACCUGUGUGGCAAAUCGUGCAAAUCCGACGGCAAUUUCGGAUGCCUUCACGAUUGUAUUAAAGUUAUCGGUCACGAUGAUGAACAUCUGUGCGCUGCCUUAGUGCACGCUUGCGGAAAGCCAUGUAGCUUGUCUGAUCUUAAACUUGCUGAUGGAUCUGAUUAUUCGUGCCCCGGUUUCUGCCGCAUUCCAAGCGAUGUUGAUCAUCUUCAACAUGAAUGCGAAGCUCGUCUCUGCUCGGUCACCUGUCAGCUCUGCAAGCGGCUAUGUUCUGAUCAAGAUCAUAUGCAUGGUUUGAAAGAUGAGGCGGUUCACCUUUGCGGACAAGAGCAUCUCUGCACAGUUAUGUGUUCUGCGCAGGGCAUAUGUGAGAUCGAAACUGCACCACAUUCGAUCGAAGCAACUUUUACGGGUAGGCACGAAUCUUUCCAAUAUACGAAGUACUCGCAAGUGGCAAAGCGUCUGAAGUGUGCCAAGCUAAUCCCUCCCGGUGAAAUUGAACACGAGGGUUCUCAUAAUCACAGUCUUGAUCAAAAAGUCAUUCACUUUUGCGAGGCCAGAUGUGAAAAUUGCGGGUAUUUCUGUACGUUGCCGCUUGGCCAUCCUCAGCAAGAGCAUGAAACGCGCCACGGCUCUAUGUCUCGCACACGAUGGACCAUAGACGGACCUGACGAUGCUGCAAUUCUGGAAAUUGAAGGGAGAAGGUUCUCCACCGACGACGAGGGCGCUCCGAUGAUGUGCAACCUUGUGUGCCAAGCAAUAGGUCGUCAUGUGCAUAUUGACUAUUGUCGCUCUGAUAAGGAAGCAACCUGCCAUGGCAAUGACGAGAUUCAGCACAUCACAAAACACUUGCGACCUCACCCUGCACGGCCAAAGGACUACGUUACUCACAAUUUGUUCUGGAAAAGAAGUGGAUUCAAGGAUCCGUACUCGAAAGAAGAACAAGCAGUAUUUGCAAAAUGUGAUGCUAUGUGCAGCGGCCCAGAACACGCAGGCGACGCUGGGAAUCUUGCUCAACCUUCCUAUUGCACAUUGCCGAUGUUCCAUCCACUAACAGGUCUGAAUGCUGUAGCACCGGCUGCGGGAUACAUAUCUAAUGAUGGGCAUCAUUUUGCUUGUCGUAACCCUGCCGUUAUGCAGCAAGCAUUUCACGUGAUAUUUGUUGCGGACCGGUCUAGUUCUAUGUCGCGCAAUGAUCGACGGCCAUUGCCGAACACCCCUGCCUCAGCCAGAAUCUGCGCUCGUUCAGCCAACAGAUUUGGCGCAGUUCUCUCUUCAUUGUAUAGUUUCUGGUCAGCACGCGCAGCCGCCAUCAGAUCAAAUGACAGUGCAGCUCGCAGAGACGCCUAUAGUAUUAUCCUGUUCGACAAUGGUGCCCUGACUGUCAUCGAAAACGAUUUGACAAGGAAUCCAGACCAACUUCUCGAUAUGUUGUUGCCUUAUCAGACAAAAGUGGGAACCAACUUCACGGCAGCGGUUAUCGCUGCUCAAGGUAUCAUGGAGCGAAAUUGGAAUACUGAGAGGUCUCCUGUCAUUAUCUUUCUUUCGGAUGGAGAGAGUCACAUCGCAGACCAGACUAUGCAAGAUUUGUGCCGGUCAUCCGUUAGGCUUGGCAAGGCCGUGUCCUUCCAUGCCGUGUCAUUUGGACCAGAUAAAUCCUCGAAGCACCUACGCAGAAUGGCAGAAAUAGCGAUAGACGUUCAGAACAAGGCUCCGAAAGACCCACUUGUACAGGCCACUGCUACAGUCAUGUCGUCGUACAACCAAGCUCUGGACUCGGUUCAACUUGCAGAGACCUUCCUCGGAAUUGCAGAGUCGCUGAGGAAGCCCAGAGGGGCGUUAAUGCAUUGA